AAACCUUACACCUGCAAUACCUUGAAGAGUAAUUCAUGUUCUUUCAUGUUUCCACAUCUGUACAGUAAAGGACAACUCAUGAUCAGCGUAACAGCUCAGAAUGCUUUGGGCAAAGCUCAGUCUGAUCCAUUGUACCUGGACGUUUCACAUAUUUUGAAACCUGCAUCUCCGAAGAAUGUAGCUGUUCAACCUUGUAAGGAUCAAAAGAGAUGCUUGUUGAUAACAUGGCAGACACCUAGAAGUUCAACGCCAGUUAAUUUUCCUCUCAAAUAUAACAUUAAAUAUCGAAUGGUUGAUACAGAAUCCUGGACUCAGGUAGCAGUAGAUGGAAAUUCAUCAGGGACUUCAUUAAUGCUUAAGAAUCUCAAACCCUUGAGCAACUAUACAGUUACUGUCCGCUGCAUUGGCAGUAAAAGACAAUUCUACUGGAGUGAGUGGAGUUCAGAGGAAACGGGAACAGCUUCUGGAGCCAACCCAUCAAAAGGCCCAGAUAUUUGGAGACAAAUUCAGGAUUCCUCUUCUCAGGGAAAACGAAAUGUGCAUCUAUUGUUGAAGGCACUGGACAAGUCCGAAGCUAAUGGAAUCAUUCUAGGAUACAAAAUAUGGAUUGAGAAACAAAACGGGGAACCAGUGAUUCAAGAAGAUUACAACACCUCCUUGAAUUAUUCUUUCCUUCUGACCCAUGAAGUCCAUAUUAUAACAGUGAUUGCUUACAACUCAGCUGGUGACUCUCCUAAUUCAACCUUGAUAAUUCCAGCGGUCAACCAAACAGAUCCUCCACCUGUCCAGCAUGUCCGAAUUAUACCUCAGAAUGAUCAGUUCCUGUUAGAGUGGAAGAACCCAAAACGGCCCGGUAAUGGAUUUGUGAUUGAAUGGUGUUUGGCUCUGGAUACAAAACUGUGUUCUGGAAUGCUACAUUGGCAACAUGAGCGUAACUCAUCUGAGACAGCUUUCAUACAGAGAGAUAUAAUGCCCUUCAAAUGUUAUAUUAUCACUUUAUUUGCGCUGUAUGAUGAAGGUCCUGGACGUCUAUUUUCAGGAUUGGCAUACCUAGAACAAAAACCUCCAAAGGAAGGUCCACAUGUUCGCUUUCAGAAUGUGAAGGCAAAAGAAGCUACAAUCAAGUGGGAUGAAAUCCCAUUGGACAGUCAGUUUGGAUUCAUCACCAAUUACACCAUCUUUUACAAAUCCAAUAACAGUGAAAACUCUGUAACAGUGAACUCAAGUUUUCGGGAAUAUACUCUGAGAUCUCUGCAGAAAAAUACUAUGUACACAGUGCUCGUAAUGGCAUCUACAGUGAAGGGUGGCAAAAACAGCUCAACAAUAUUCUUCAAUACAAUUUUGUUCGAGAUACAAGAUAUCGUGGCUAUCGUUGUGCCUCUUUUCUGCAUCAUAAUAAUAUUUAUUUUACUAAUUGGUUGCUAUAAGAAAUCGAUUGUGAAGGUCAUCUGGCCUAAUGUCCCAGACCCCGCAGAGAGCAGUAUGGCUGGCUGGCUGCCCGAUUCUCAACUUCAGAAAAAUCAAUUUCCUAAAAUACUGGAUCCAGAAACUGUCGUCAACUCUGACUUCAGUACAUUGGAAGUCUUCUGUCUACAUGCAAAAACUAAACAAUACGAUUUAUGGAACGAUGAUGCUUUGAAUCAGCACCUAAUGGAAGGUCCAUCUACUACAUCUUCCUCUCAGGAGAGCACUCCCAAUGAUAAAAUCAGAGGUGGUGGCCAGCUGGAACAGGACAUUUUGGAUACAGUAAUGUACACCAUCUUUGAAGACGGCUACAAGAGCCAAACUCCUGUCACCAGCAGCUCAAUGUCAAACCAGCCUCUACUUUCACAUUCUUUGGAAGGAAGCAGGAACGACCAGGAAACUGGGAUAAAUUGUUGGCAAACAGCUCCAGGAAACGGAUGUCCACAGUACGUUCAAAUAAGUGAUAUGUUUCAGGAAAUUAUUCAAACAAAUCCAUAUCUUAAGUCCUCCAUGAAACCAAUCACAAUCCAAAAUUUACAGAGCCUGGAGAGCUUGGUAGCAGAUCCCAGCUUUGAUGAAAACCAUGAAGUAAUCAAGGCAAUAUCCAAAGACUCUGGAUCAUUGGAUCCCCAGCAACAGAACAGUCAACUGGAUGACAUAGACUGGUCAUAUAUUACACUGGAAUUGCUGGAACAUGAACUGAACAAUUUAACUUAACAGCCAGAUAAACAGUGUUUGUGACACAACCACAAGCAAAGCAUCUCUCACCACUUGUAUUCCAUAACUGUGAAGACAAAACGUUUCUAGAGAUUCUAGUGCUGCAGCUACUCUGAAAGGUGUGAGCAUCUGUGUAAUAAUUGAAGUAAAGUAUUACAGAAGUUUUCACAUAAAGGUUGAAUGAUGUGAUUGCUCUCCUCAGUUCUCCUUUAAACCUUUCAUCCUGUCCCUGACCAAUUUUGCUUUCUUUCUCCAUUUCCUCCAAUAUUCUUCAUCACUGUCCCUAUCUCACCUCCAACUCUGCCGAAAACUCUCAUUUGCACCUUUGUCACCUCCAGAUGUGAUUUUUCUAAUUCUGAUUCUCAUUCUGACUUUUAAAUUCCUCCAUCCCCUACCAAGCUUUCAUGCACUUUGCCCCGACCCUCUACCUAAAUCCCUUUCUGCUUUGCACUCACCCUGCUUUCAAAAACGUACCAAAAGCCUUUUCUUACAUGUAAAGCUGCUGUAUAAGUUUAAGUUAUUAUUGUUAUUGCUGUUUACCACAAAGGGAUGGAGAGUUGACAUUUUGGUUGAAGAAGGCUGUUGGUAAUGGAAUCUGAAAGAGUUGCUUGUGGCAGCACAUAGACCCAUGUUACACUUGCAGGUCCAUGUAACAGUGCUGGUCAUCACCUAUCUCGAGAUUUAAGAUAACUACUGAUAAACAUUUCACCAAAGCAUUUGACCAAAAUAGGAUAUGGAAUUCAGAAGGCGUUUAGGAUAUAUUCUGCAUAUACUUCAAAGAAAAACCUUUAAAGCAUUGGUUGAGAGGACAGCCCUUAACAAUAUUAUGAUCAUGUCUCCUGGUCAUCUAGCAGACAAAGGCAAGCAGUGGCAGAAACAUUAAAAUGUUUAGUGUUGGAAUAUUUGUGCACUUCAUACUAAUUCUGAAGAAAAUUGAUUUUAUUUUUUGCAUAAUGACACUAGAAGUUGUCCCAGAUUUUGUCAACAACACUGUCAUAAACCGAAAAACAUUUCACCUGCUGGGGUGAAAUUUGUUAAAUUCCAUUUAUUUUUGUUCCAUAAAAAUAUAAUACAAAUUGAUAUUUAUCUAGCGCUUUUCACACCUAGAGAAUGUCCCAAGUGGUUUAAUGAAAAUGGCUCAUCACCUGAGCUAGCAGUGGGAGGUGAGAGGAUAUGGGGUAGGAGGGAAGGGAUAGAAGACUGAACGUGUCUGCAGACAACCAGACCAUGUAGCCCAUUCACACUGUGUGAAGAAAGCGUCACUGACAUCAGCUUUGCAAAUUAAGUUCCGUUUGCAGCAUUCCUGCGAAUGGCAUUUGCAGACAAAGAGGAGGAAGUGACAACAAAGGUCACCGACUUGACCACCUGGAAGUUGGCAAUCUUUUCAUGCUUGUCUUAUAAUGCACUAUCUGAGAGGUUAGAAUGAAAAGGUCCUAAAGUGUUAUAACAAGGUUGCCCUGCAAAUGAUGUUUUUAUGGCUCAGUGGGUAAAUGCAGUGCUGGGUGAUGUGCACCAGCAAGGUCCUGGUUUUGAUGCCUGGUCAGAGUUUAGAUAACCAAUCUCAGAUGGAGCGACAGUGUGAGACCUACAAUUGAUUUUAGUGUCUAGUGAUGGAACAUUUUGGCCAACAUUCCUAUCACGUACAACUUGAACUUAUACAGCAUCUUUAACAUAGGUUGAACAUCUUGAGGCACGUUACAGGGACGGUUAUGUUCGCUGAGCAGGAGGGAGAAUUACUGUGAAGAAUUAUUAUUAUGCAGUGACGUCUACAUAUAUUUGAACAUGAGAACAAGGUUAUGUUCCUUGAUUAUGAAGGACACACUGUGUAGAAGUCAGCUUUGGAACCUUAGCCUGUGGAACCUUACCUUGGUUUUUGUGUAACAGAUUUUACGAAAAUAUGUAUCUACUGAUUGUGUUUUGUUUCCUUUGCUAAAAGAGUUUGUAAUUUGUUUUUUAAAUUGUAAACUUGUCCCAGCCACUGAGCCACUCUGUGUGUGCAUGUGCAUUUAUAGAACACUCUUCGCAUGAGGUAGCAUUUCAGAUUCCAGUCAAAAGUAUUGGUUCGAUUAUGUUUGGGAGAAGUUUGGAAAUGUGUUGUUUUCCAAAUUACUCACACUCAGGUGAGAAUAUGUUUAGGUUAAGAUGUUCUCAAAGAAAAUGGCCAAGUUCUUUAAUGCAUUGAAUUAAUGUUUUCCUGAAACUUGUAUCAAUGAUCAUUUUAAGAUUUUUAUUCUGGUGUGGAAGAGACUUCUGAAAUAUCUGGUAAAGCCAGAGGGGGAACAUCAAGAUAGCAGGUCAGGAAUAUCACACAAGGAACCAAGAGAGAGAGAGACCUGACUGACUGACUGACUGAUUGAUUGAUUGAUUGAUUGAUUCUACAAUGUGAAGAAAAAUACCAUUUUCCAAGCGAAAAAAAUUAU